AUGUUGAGCAGCAACGCAUCUUCACCGUCUUCGGAGCCGGGGCCCCUCUCUGUCAUCCCAAUAGCGACGGAGUGCAUUAGGAUCGUGCUGGAGUGCAUUAGAAUCAUAGGAAAAGUCCCAGCUUCACCAUACGAAAUUAAUGCACAUAAAGACUUGCUUCAGAUGGUCUCAACCCGUUUUGAUGAUGUUAACUCUAUCCGGGCAUCUAUAUAUGGCUCGAGCGCAAAAUUCGAUGUGAUAGAUAGUCAGCUGCAAUCUAUCAAAUCCUCACUUGAAAAUGCCAAGCAGGCGAUGAGUUCGGCGGCGCACAACAGGACAGGCAAAGAACGUGUUGGAAUCGCCGACAGUUUAGAAUGGCAAAUUUCCUAUAGUCACAUCGCAGAAGCCAACAGGGCGUCGCUCCUCACCUGUCUUUGGAGCCUAGGGGAAAUAAUGACGGAGCUGGAAUACGAGCAAAAUAUGCGACUGCAGCGUCGAGAGACAAUAUACUUUAAGAGUAUCCAGGAGCAACUAUGGGUAGCAUUAUCGAGACGCGCCGAAAGGCAUUCGAUUUUGUACUCAGGAAGGGGAGAACAAUUGUCCAAGUGCCUAACAGUAAGCUCCUAUGCUCUCCUUCAGUUUGUUUAUUCUCAGGCCAACAUUGCCCCAGAGUAG